GUUAUGGUCCUGUCAGGGCGCCGGCGUCGUGGUUUCUGGGCGGCCGCCACCGAGAGGACUUUGGUGGGGGACCCUCAGGGGCAGCCCCGCGGCCAGCUGCGCUCGUCUCCGGCCUCGUUCCCAGCCUACAUAUCUCGGCUCGCGGGUCGCGCCGUCGGGCGCGCGUGCGGGUCGGCGCCGCGGCCGCCUCGGGGCCUGAGCCCAGCCACAGCCUCCUCCUCCGCCGCGGGCUCGGAGGGGCCGCGAGAUGCAGCCGCCGGGCCCUCCCCCGGCGUAUUCCCCCACUAACGGGGACUUCACCUUUGUCUCCUCAGCAGACGCGGAAGAUCUCAGUGGUUCAAUAGCAUCCCCAGAUGUCAAGUUAAACCUUGGUGGAGAUUUUAUCAAAGAGUCUACAGCUACUACAUUUCUGAGACAAAGAGGAUAUGGCUGGCUUUUGGAAGUUGAAGAUGAUGACCCUGAAGAUAACAAGCCACUCUUGGAAGAAUUGGAUAUCGACCUAAAGGAUAUUUACUACAAAAUUCGAUGUGUUUUGAUGCCAAUGCCAUCACUUGGUUUUAAUAGGCAAGUGGUGAGAGACAAUCCUGACUUUUGGGGUCCUCUGGCUGUUGUUCUUUUCUUUUCCAUGAUAUCAUUAUAUGGACAGUUUAGGGUGGUCUCAUGGAUUAUAACCAUUUGGAUAUUUGGUUCAUUAACAAUUUUCUUACUGGCCAGAGUUCUUGGUGGAGAAGUUGCAUAUGGCCAAGUUCUUGGAGUUAUAGGAUAUUCAUUACUUCCUCUCAUUGUAAUAGCCCCUAUACUUUUGGUGGUUGGAUCAUUUGAAGUGGUGUCUACACUUAUAAAACUCUUUGGUGUGUUUUGGGCUGCCUACAGUGCUGCUUCAUUGUUAGUGGGUGAAGAAUUCAAGACCAAAAAGCCUCUCCUGAUUUAUCCAAUCUUUUUAUUAUACAUUUAUUUUUUGUCCUUAUAUACUGGGGUGUGAUCUAAGUCAUAUAUGAGUAGAAAAAGACAAUGUUACCUUUCUGUGUAGGCUGGGAAUUCUUGCUUGAGGGGAUUGAAAAAAACGUAUUGCUGGUAAAAUUUUACAUGUUCCAGAUGUAAAGGCAGUCUAAGGUCUUUUUAAAACAAUAUUUUUUUUGUAUUUAAUUAAGCAAUUGCAGUUACCUGAAUAUUUUUGGUCAGAAUUCUGAAUUCUGUUUGAUUCAUCAUAUUCCAGUGAAUAAAAUAUAAAAGCAUUGUGUUUUUAA